AGGACAGCAGAGCUCACACAUCAGACAGCAGUGCUCGUGAGCAUUUCGGGAGCUGAAGCUCUUCUCACAGAGCGAGGGACACAGCAGACAGCAGACACCAUGAAGCCCCCCUUAGCCCAUGCCCACAGAGGGUGCAGCCCCUGGAAUGGGCUCCUGCUGGCAGUCGCACUCGUAACCUUCUGGAAGCUGCUCAGCACUGUGAAACCCGCUAUUGAAUCGGUGCCCGUCAUUGCUGCAGAAGGCACGGAUGUGCUUCUACUUGUCCACAGUGUGACAGGGGAUCUUCUAGGCUACAGCUGGUACAGAGGAGAAAGGGUAGAGAACAACCAACUAAUUGCAUCACAUAGAAUAGACGUUAGUACAAGCACCACUGGGCUUGCACACAGCGGUCGAGAGACAAUAUACCCCAACGGAUCCCUGCUGUUCCAGAAUGUCACCCAGCACGACACAGGAUACUACACCCUGUUCAUCAUAAAGAAUGAUUUACAGACGGAAAGACUAGCUGCACAACUCCGCGUAUACCCGGUGUUGCCCACCCCAGUCAUCACCAGCAACAACUCCCACCCCAUGGAGCAGGACACUGUAGUGUUAACAUGUGGGACGGAGACUCAGGACACCUCCCACACGUGGUGGGUCAACAAGCAGAGCCUCCCCAACAGCACCAGGCUGGAACUGUCUGAGGACAACAGGACUCUCACUUUAUUCCAUGUCACGAGGAAUGACACAGGACCCUAUAUGUGUGAAGCUCGGAACCCAGUGAGUGUCAGCCGCAGUGACCCAUUCACCCUGAACGUCAUCUUUGAUUCAACUGGCCUCUCAGGUGGUGCUAUUGCCUGCAUCGUGAUUGGAGUCCUGGCUGGCAUAGCUCUGAUUGAACCUCUGGUGUAUUUCCCGUAUAUGAGAUAGACUGAAAGAUUGACGAAGUUGCAUAUUCUGCCCUGAACUUCAAUGCCCAGGAAUCAAAGAAACCAACUUCAGCCUCCCAUCCCCAACAGCCACAGAAACAGUUUAUUCAGAAGUGAAAAAUAAGUAAUGCAACCAGUCCUGCUCACUGCACUUAUUCCAAGCUUCUCGUCCCCAUCCCUAGGAGAUCCCUUUGCCCUCCGGGGAAAAUGUGAAUAGUGUCUUUCCCCCCCUUUCAUCCCUAAUGAGGCUCCUCCAGGCUGCCUAGUCACAGUUCCUUCCUUCAGUGUCAGUAGAUGAAAAGGUACAUCCAGGAGGAGGUCUGUAGGAAACCCAACCUUCCUUGUCAUUGAACUUUGGCAAAGCAGACCUUGGGAGAGAGUUGCCAGAACCUCCACGCCUCCCCAUUUCCUGACCUAAACUGGUUUUAAACUUGCUCAUUCCUUCCCACCCCAGUCCUUUCAUAUUGGAGUUUAACUUGAAUUUGCCAUAACCUGGAAAAUUAUGUCCUUGAUCCACUGAAAUGCAUGUGCCAGAAAAGGAGAGGAAAAGGAAAAACUUCUCCUGCUCUCUGAAGCCCGGUGUGAACCCACCAUUCACAGGAAAACACAUACAUAACCAAUUCUGAACUGGGAAAUUCUAUACCUUUGUCCACUUUCAGGGUUGUCUACCUGCAGGACCAGGGAUAAACAACUUACUACUUAGCUAGAAUACCACCUAAACCUUUGAAAGCCUGUCUUCAGAGAAACUACUAGAAGCAACUAGAAAACAACUUCUCAAAGUCCAUAAGUGAAUCCUAAUGGAAAUUGCAAAAAAUGCACAUACUGUUUUAAUAACUUUAUGGGCUUCAUUAAAGGCAAUGCUCAGAGAUGGAGGGAUUAUCGCUUUAGAGGACCAUCAGCUCUUAACAGAGACAAUCUGCUGGGAUUUGGGAAAGGAAUCAGAAAGCUACCCUGCAGAGAUUAUUUAAAUAAUGGUUAAAGAAUGUACAAUUUGGGGUAUUGGGUUUUUUCCUUCCUUCUGAGACAUUCGCCAUUUAAAUUUUUGUAAUUGUUUGUUUAUGUGAAAGGGGUUAUGUUUACUUAAUUUGCUGUGUAAGCCAAUCUGACUGCCUUAGGUGAAAGAAGCCACCAAAACCCCUCAAGUCCCUCUGGCCAGGAGCUCCUCAAGUCUUUUAUGUCAGGGGCUCCAAAAAGAAGAUAGGAAGAAGCAGUUUUCUACAUUCAUGGCCAGAAAGGGAUCUCGCUCAGUUUCUAGGCACCUCACACCAACCAUCAGCACAAUUCUAUUCCACGUUUCUGCCUGUGUACGUUCCAUCCACCCCACUCACCUUCUCAGGAAACCUUGGCCUCUGCUAAGGUGUGUUUUGUUCUUAAGAAGCAGGAGCACCUGAAGGGGACACAACCACCCACGCAGCUGGCCUCGUUUACAACCUAGAAAGCUGCACUGGUGCUGAUGCUCCUUAGGACACAAGGGGAGGAUUAUAGCUCAGCUCUGGGCUUCGUGAAAGCCUCUGAAAUUUGUUUUCUCCCAUGGGGUCUAUGAGACCCAAUGUGUCAGCACAAAAAGGACGGGCAGGAGAAGGAGAGGCACAUCUACUUCCCACCCAGCCUCCUUCUGCAUGGAUGGAACCUCCUUGAGGCUGUUGAGAGAAAGGUUUUAUUCCAUAUUCAUUACUUGAUCUAAUGCUGUGUGGAACUGGCCGCCUCAAAGAGGGUUGGUUGGGAGUUCUCUGUACUCAGGUACCUCUUUCAGGGUUUUUUAACCCUGACACAGACUGUAUAUACCUCCCCUCAUCCACGCUAUUCUGUGUAAUUUAAUUUUGCCUGGCUAAGGCCGCUUCUGAAUUAUUUGUAUAAUUUGCUCUAUAUUUAUAAUAAAAAUUAUAUAUCAGGCAUCAA